UAUGUUGAAAUUUUGAUUUGUUGAAUUUCCUAUAUUGUUUCAGACUUACCAUUAAAGCGGGAUGUCCGAUGAAUCUCGAGGAUUUUCCGAUGGAUAUGCAGAGAUGUCCGUUGCAAUUCGGUAGCUUUGGCUACACGACACGCGACGUAAUCUACAAGUGGAACAGUGCGAGACAGGUCGCUAUAGCGGAGGAUAUGAAGCUGUCGCAAUUUGAUCUGGUCGCCAAUCCGACCGCAAAUCACUCCAUUGCACCGGGAUUCUCGCAUGCGGACUAUUCGAUGCUUCUGGUAUACUUCCACUUGCAAAGGCACAUGGGUAACUUUCUAAUACAAGUAUACGGUCCUUGCGUCCUGCUGGUCGUCCUAUCUUGGGUGUCCUUCUGGUUAAACAGAGAAGCCACUGCCGAUCGAGUGUCGUUAGGUAUAACUACCGUGUUGACGAUGACGUUCUUAGGACUUGAAGCAAGAACCGAUCUGCCAAAGGUUCCUUACCCAACUGCCCUGGAUUUCUUUGUCUUUCUUUCAUUCGCAUUCAUCUUUGCUACUAUAAUACAAUUCGCGGUCGUACAUUACUUUACCAAGUACGGAUCGGGCGAAUGUUAUUUCAGUUCUGAUUUAAGCGAUACCGAAAGUUCGAGCGGGGAAGAAGACAUAGACGGAAAAUUGUUUCAGGCACAUCGGAAAAAUUCCGAAACGCGAGGUUGCGAUAACCGUGGCAACUUUGCGAUAAACGGCGAUAGCAUGAUAGAAGUGAUACCGUUAUCGGCAAUCUCGAUACAACCCGAUAAAGAUUCCGCAGUGAGUGACCACUGGCAAAUAUCUUGCGUAACCUGUAGCCCACCGUCACGACAGACGACGGCGACGACGGCGAAAACGACGAUGCCGCCGCCACCGCCGCCACCGCUAUCUUCCAGACAAACAACGUUGUCCACCUCUAGAAGACGACGCCGGAGAACGCCCAGAUAUAACUCGGUAUCGAAGAUCGACCGUGCCAGUCGCGUGGUGUUUCCCCUCUUUUUUCUAGCCAUCAAUGUCUUCUACUGGUAUGCGUAUCUCUCGCGCAGCGAACGAAUCCAUUAUUACAAUUCCAAUAUCGCGUGAUAUGCAUCCAUCGAACAACGCAUCUUGCUUCUCCAAGUUUUGCAAAAUUUGCGCAUUAAAAUUGGUAAUUUAAAAAAUCUGGAUAAUUUUCUUUUACAAGAGUGAAAGAAGUAAAAUGUUACCUGUGAAUUUUGCAUAUAACUACAUAACUUCUCUCGAAUUAUUAAAAUACCGUUAGGAAAAUGAUAAGAUUUUAUCUCGGAUAAAAUGGAAAUUUGGGAGAAUGAAAAGCGAAGGGUUUAUCACGGAAGUUUAUAGAUAAUAAUGCGACGAGAAAAUUUUAGCAUCCAUUCCGAAAAAGAAUGCGGGGUUUCGAAGAUAGAGAGAGAUGCCAGAGUAAAAUAUAACAGCUAGACUAUUGAUAUAAGAUAUGUUAAUAAUACGUUAUACUGUUGCCAAAUAAUAUGCAAUAAAAUUAUUAACAAGCGGACAUUUAUCUUCCAAUGCUAUGCGCGCGCGCGCGAACACACGUGCCUAUCAUAUUAUAUAUAUAUAU